UGCCCAUGCUAAAACAGGCUUUUGGGCACUAGAGUCCUCUAUCUAUGUCUAUGGGUGCGGCGUCUGUCUCCAUGGUAAACAAACAUGGCGGUGUCUGGAAAACAUCCAAUUUUGUCCUCCACACCACUGCAGGUCCUGUUCUACCUCAACUGCUGGUAUUUUGCUGCCUACUUCAUUGCUGAGGGUCUGAUGUUUGUUUACAAAGGAUUGUUGCUACCAUACCCACCAGCUAGUCUCACGUUGGACGUUGGGCUACUACUUGUUUUUCUUGGCCUGGAGUCCCUCCGAAUAUUUUACGGUUGGAAGGGGAACUUAACAGAGCGUUCUCUGGCCAUGUCAGUGAGUGUGCUGGUCCUGGUGCCGUGCACGGUGCUGUCUGUGUAUUACCUGAUGCUGCAGACCUUCGUCCUGCGCCUGGAGUUCAUCCUUAAUGCUGUGUUACUCUGCUUCUACAGUCUGGAGAUGCUGCUGGGAAUCAUGUCCAUAUCUGCUUUCUCCAGGUCUAAGGUGUACUAAGGAAGAUGAAUGCUGUAAUGUUCCACAUGGUUUCAAGAGGAAUGUAGAAAGGCUUUUCACCAGGAUUGUUCUGUCUGUCGAAUGUAGAAAGGCUUUUCACCAGGAUGGUUAUAAUGUAGAAAGGGUUUUCACCAGGAUGGUUAUAAUGUAGAAAGGGUUUUCACCAGGAUUGUUAUGUGAACAGAUGUUCAUCCCACAUGUUGUAGUUCUACUGUUGUUAUAUGAUCUGUUAAAAGCCUAAUAUUCAUAUUUUUGUAAUGAUGAAAUGUCACCUUUAUUACCUGUUUUUUGUAUCAAUUGUCAAUCUUGUGUGGUACUAGCAACACUAAUGGAAUUGUCUUAUGAGGGUAUUCCGUGUGCUGUACCUGAUAAUGGAAUGUAUUUGUUGUUGUUGAUUCAGAACACUAUAUUUCAUUAUUUACUUAAUAAAAACAAUUCCUAAUUACUUCAUUCA